AAAUCCUUAUUUUAGCCUUUGUUGAUCUCCAUGGAUUUUUACUGCAGACAAAUACAUGAAAACAAUCGAAUUAAAAUAUUUUCUCCUCCAUUUUUAGCCAAACAAUGAAGGCACUCGUGCUGCUGCUUUGGAUUUUUGUUGUGCCCACGCACACAGUUGUGCUUCAGCCAAGUUUGAAUGCAUCAAUCCCAUACAAUGUAUCUGCAGAAAGUGACCUGUUUGGAGAGCUGAGACCGGAUUGGUCGGCUUUCAACAAUGAAGAAGAGCUGAGAAAUGAGGAAGAGGUCACAGUCCAAGAGGCUGAUCGACAAAUAGAGACUCCUGCAUCUAAACCUAUCCUAUACUCACCAACAGAAUCAGCUAUUUCACAACCACCAAUCCCUUCAGGAACAACAACCGAGAGCAAAUCCAUCAUAACCAGUACUACUCCUUUACCUAAAACUACAACUGCAACAACAAAGCAUAAUAUUCUAAAGUUAACCGCUGAGGUAAUAGAGACCAGAUUACUAUCGAAUGAAAGCAUCACAAGCGAUGACCUCAACGUUAAGCUUCAUGCAAUGAACAACUCUAAACUCCACCUGCUGGAGGAAGUGAGCAUCGAUACCACUGCAGCGGCACUGAGGCAAGGGCCCACUGCUGUGGCCCCACCUGGGCCCAAACUUAAAAACAAAGCAUCACGUGCCAAACCCAAAAGCAAUUCGACAGUGAAGAAGAAAACCAAAAAGCUUCCAAAAAGAGACAGAGCAAAGGAGAAGAAAACAAAUGCUUUGAAAAAAGCAAAAAAGGCAGAAAAGGAGAAGAAAUUAAAACCAACUGCUUCGUAUUUUCCAUAUUUUAAAGAUCACUACUGUCCACCAUAUUGCUCCUGUUAUGGAAGGGUGGUGCAGUGUUCCGACAAAGAUCUGGAGAAAAUACCUUAUGGAAUUCCUUACAAUUCCCGUUACAUUCUCUUAAUGAACAACCGCAUCGAUAGCAUUCAGCCAAACUUGCUCUCUCUAUACGACUCCAUGGACUUCCUGGUGCUUAGCAACAACAAUUUAACGGAUGCUACGGUCGAGGGCGCCUUCAAAGGGAUUCGGAGCCUGAAGAGGCUAUACAUGGAACGAAAUCUUCUUCGGAGUGUCCCCACCGACCUGCCCGCUUCUCUGGAAGAGCUACGGCUGGAUGGGAACCAGGUGAGCGCGAUGUCUGAAGCGGCCAUGGCCCGUUGCCCAAACCUGCUAAUUCUUAGCAUGAGUAACAACAGUUUGGGUGACAAAACAUCCAAAAUCCCUCCAGGAGUGCUUCUUCCGAUGGGCAACCUUCGCACGCUUACUCUUUCCCACAACCGCCUAACCUCCGUCCCACUGCAGUUGCCACUUAAUCUUCGAGAACUUUAUCUCCGCGGCAACCGCAUCCAUCGUCUCCAGGGUGACAUAUUCUGGGGUGAGGCAGAGCUACAGGUGCUGGAUCUAAGUGCGAAUAGACUGACGGAUAAAGGGCUCGGAAAGGCAGCGCUAUUAAACGCCACUCGCCUAGAAAGUUUAAAUUUAGAAGGUAACUUAUUGAAACAGAUUCCUCGCCAUCUGCCUUGCACCAUAAAGACCCUCAACUUAGAGGGGAAUUUAAUCUCCAGCAUCGGCAAGGAUGCUUUUAUAUCAAUGCCCCAGUUGGAGCAUCUGGGCCUGGCACGAAAUAAGAUCACCAAGGUGGCCGUCGGUUCCUUCCGGGUCCUUCCGCUCUUGCAUCAGCUGGAUGUGAGUCAUAACAGCUUGCGACAGGUACCGCGGCAGCUACCAUUGUGGCUGCACUCCGUCACGUUUACGCACAACAAAAUACGCACGGUCCCGCGUGAUGCGUUCUGUUGGGGUCGAGGCGACGGCUCAGCGAUCAGUCGCCUGGUCAGGGUGCAGCUGGAACAUAACAUGAUAGAUUUGGGCCAUCUGGACAUGUUGGCCUUUAGAUGCCUCAGAGGGUUUCAAGUGGUGCAGUUUUACUGAACCUGGACUUUAGAGCACUGAUCAGGGAGUCAGCCAUUUUUCAAUCGCAAAAACCUUGCAGUGUACUGGCGAGCCAACUCAACACACUUGCGAAAGAACUUCUAUAAAGACAAGCAUUUGUUUUAAUUUAUAUAUAAACACACAUUGCUAGGAAGGAAGGGGCCACAAUCUACUUAAUAUUUAAAUAUUCUUCCAAAUUUAUGCACGGAUAUGUAAGAGAAUAAAUGGAAGUGUUUUCAAUAAUAUACUUUAACACGUGUUUAAAAAUUAAGUCAGAGAGAUGUUGGAUUUGCCGGUGGUUGAUGAAUAACAGCUGUGACUGAUAACAGCGCCCUUAAGGAGCCACGUCGCAGGAAAAUAAGUGAACAGUGUCCCAAUGUGAAGUGAGCUAGGGUCCUUACCAGUGCCCAAACCUGCAUACAGGAUAUACUGAUUCAUGACCUCGAGAGCUAUAGGGAGCAAAUUGAGACACAGCCACAGUCAGUGCUAUCUGAUACAAAGAUGUAAUACCACUUCUUAACACUAGGAUGAAGCACAGCAUCAUGUAAUGCAAAAUAUUUAAAUGCAAAGAUUUCUUUUGUGAUAUGAAAAUAUCUGAAAGUGGUCAUAUAAUGCACGUUAUAUAUUGUUAAAAUGUUUUUUUGUUAUUUGACUGUAAUAACUUAAUCCUAAUGUAAAUGUUUUUCUUA